GCCCGAGACCAUCUUGCUCCAGGCCAUCCAAGCAGGGGACACACGCCAGCAGAGCCAGGACAAGGAUGUGCACACCCACUUCCGUUUCCUAUGGGAAUCCUACAAGGUGAUCUUGGAUGUGCUGAAGUCCAACAGCCGACUUGAGGAGGUCUAUCAUGAGACUUCACGACAAGCUUUCGAGUUCUGCCGCGCAAACACAAGGCCUCAGGAGUUCAAGCGCCUGUGCGAUAUUCUCAGGAAGAACUUCCAGGACCUUGGCAAGCGCAGCGGUCCUGCUGGACAGAAUCCGGUGCAGCCCAACAACGUGGACACAAUCACGAAGACUCUGGAGACGCGUUGCCGUCAAAUGCAAGUUGCUACAGAGCUAGACCUUUGGCGUGAGGCUUACAACACCUCCUCAGAGAUCUGCGAUCUCAUGACGGCUCUUGGAAAGGUCAAUCAGCGACCGAAGCCACACCUUAGGUCCAUGUACUACGAGCAUCUCGGCCAAAUCUUCUGGAAGAGCGAGAACUACCUCUUCCAUGCCUUCGCCAGCCUGAAGAACGUCUUCUUCGUAAAGGUUCGUCCACGUCGAAAGCUAAAAGGGCUGGCCACUGUGAGAUCUGACCUGCGCCACUACCUCAAGAGCCAGAGCCUCCGCUACAGGCGAGGCGAACAGUGCUGCUACAUGAUGUUUCCGCAAUUGUCGGAGGAUCCUCCUCGCGCAGUGUGCGUUACACGCCGCUUGCACUCCGAGUGGGAUGCCACGUCGGAUGAUGGUAGUGUCGCGGAAGGUUACGAGCCGGUGAAGCCGUUGAGGUUCGAUGCCCUGCAGCGGCAGCAGCCACCAAGGCGACCAGAGAUCGACAGCAGUUUAGAGGCCGAGCCUCCUCCGUUCGGCGAGAAGCGGACUGAAGCGGGCAAGCAGACUGAAAAAGAGACUGCGGAUUGUCCUAUUUGUUGCGAAGAUCUGGGACGAUCGCCGCAGGAGGUGGGGGCUUUGACCUACCAGGGCAAGAGGAUCGAGAGAGACCUGUACCACGUAGGCUGCUUCACGUUGAUGCUCAGCCACAAGGGGGCAUUUUCAGGGGAGCGGCUGAAGGACGGCUGCUUCGACAAUCUCAAGAUCGCCUGGGGACAAAGCCCGACUACACGACAAGAAGUGGAUGGCUUCGUGAGUAUGCCCUCCAUGAGUGACCAGAAAGCCUUGAUCGCGUUUCUGGACUGGAAAGGUACAGGGCGCUUGGACGUUUCAGAGCUUGCCACCGUGGCCGCGGUGCAGCUGCCACUACACGCGAGGGCCAUGGAGAAUUUCAUCCGCGAGAACUUUCAGGUGGAUGGAGAUGGCAAUGUUACGGUCGAAGAACUCGAACAGAAGGUUUUGCCCUACAUCGGGGAGCACUUCGAGUCCAUUACAAACGCGAAAGAGGAGGAGAAGAAGAAAGCUGCCAAGCUUCGAUGCGAUUUCCUGCUGAUGCGACUGGACUCCGCGGUAGGGGGUACGAUCGUGGCUUCGUCGACGCAGUCGAAAUGGGUGCAAGCAGCUCUGGACGAGCUCUCGCAGUGUGUCGCACAGGGCGACCCGAUUGCUGUUGCCGUGGUCUCUCGCCUGAUGACUCAUCCAGAGCCAGAGGUCAGGUCCAAGGCGCCGCUGAGUGUUGAUGCAAACUGCGGCUCCUCGCAGUGUGCAAUAACUCCUGGUCAACAGAGAAUAAUGUCUGUCGUGACUGUACGGCUGCCAUGCGACAUGUGA